AGGUCAGUGAGUGAAAAAUAAUGUACUGAGUAACUGUUAUGGUAGGCCCUUGUAACUGCAAAGAUGAGUGUCAACUUUGUGGAUUAUUUCGCCAACGAGCACAAUGGAUACGAUAUAUUAUAUCAAAACAUGAAAUACGGACUGAUCGCCAGCAAAGAGCUCUCAGAGUACCUUAGGGAGAGAUCGAAUAUAGAAGAGACGAAUUCUAAAUCAUUAGCUAAAUUAGCGAAACAGGCGAAUAGUAACUGCGCGCAGGGAACGUUUGCGCCCUUCUGGGGCGUGUUGAAAUGUUCCGCCGAGAAACUGUCCAACUUACAUCAACACAUGUUCCAGAAGUUAAGUGAACUGGUCAAAGAUGUAGCUAGGUAUGCUGAGGAGCUUCACAAGAAGCACAAGGCCGUCAAGGACUCUGAGUCCAACACGUUAGAGGUAGUGUUGCUGAUACAGAACACUAAACAGGCUUUGCAGAAGGCUAAAGAUGUGUACACAACCAAGUCUGCUGAGUUAGAGAAACUGAGGAAAGACAAUGCAUCUACUAAAGAUAUUGAAAAGGCUGAGGUUAAGAUUAAGAAGCUCCAUGAAGACUAUAAACAAUUAGCUGAGAAGUACAAUCUAGUGAAACAAGAUUUUGAGAAGAAAAUGACCCAGUCAUGUAAACACUUCCAGGAUGUGGAGGAAGCACAUCUAAAACAAAUGAAACAGUUUGUUAACUCUUAUGCAGACAUCAUACAGAACAACCAUGACCUCAUGGGACAAGUGCACAGGGACUUCAAACACCAAUGCCUGGAAUUAACUGCGGAAAAACUGCUAGAACAGUUUCUCAUAGAGAAAUACAAUGCUAUAGAGAAGGCAGUUUUAGUUGAACUACCUCUUUCAUUACCUAAGCCAGGGUCAGCUAACAACUCUAUAUCAGAGGCUGACCAGAUAUCAACUGUCUCAAAUGGAUCACACAAACCUCCCCAGCCAGCUAAGGCACCAAAGAAGGAGCCAUCAUUUGCUACUAAGACUUCAAGGAGAACUACCUCACUUUUGAAUUUGUUUACACCUAAUUUCCAGAAUAAGGAGGAACCCAGUGGAAGUAUUGAGGGUGCGGCACCAUGCUCUGCACCAUCCAGCCCCAGUGGAACACCAGCUACCCCAGUGGUACCUGAUAAGGAUGACAAUAUGGGCCGCACUACUCUCAGAGAAUCCAAAUGGUUCUUGCGUAGUAGGAGAACUAAGCCUAAGCUGAAAAAGACCAAAAAGAAGAAAGAUGAGAUAUCAGAAAACUCUAAUCCUGGUGAAAAGUCUGAUUUAGAGGAAAAAGAGGAAGAGGUACAAGCUAAAGAUGAUUUAAUGAACUCCCCAGAAGUUGACGAGGAAGGUUAUUGCAUUAGACCCAAAGAUGAGAAAGGGAGUGUGUAUUCCUCUACAGAUUCAGAUUCGGAGGAAGAGAGGGAACAGAAAAUCCAUGUUGAAAUUAAACCCAUAAGCAAUGGUUGUAACCCCAUAUCAGCUAGUGUGGAUGAGCUUAGAGCUACAGUGGAAAACAUCUCCCUGUAUAAAAUUGGUACAACAACAAGGCGUGGCUCAAACGCAAACACCAGUAAAGCAAGCAGUGAUCUAUUAGACUUGAACUUCUUCCAAAGUCCCACAGUGAGUAACCCCGCGUCGCCGCACGGCAAUGUCUCCAAUCCCUAUGCUCCUCUUCAGGGCAAUCAGUCACAUUUACUCGAGAGCCCUACUCCUGUCUCCAACGCUGAUGUUGGAGAUCUGUUUUCUGAAGUGGGUGAGAUGGGUUCUACUGUUCGAACUUCGACGCCUACGAUGUCGUCUAUCUCGCUCCCUCGACCUCCCUCGAGGCGUUCUGAAGGUGAUUUCCGCGCUGCAGGCUCGUCGGGGUCACGAGGUCCUUCCCCCCUCACAAUCGGCAUGGCGGAUACAAUACCGCUAGCUGUCGCGUUCCACGAGAUUAUUCACUCGUACUUCCGUGGUACGGAAGAGUCCAAGUGCCAAGUUAAAAUGUCAGGAGACAUGAUGCUCUCCUUUCCCACUGGUAUCGUAGGCGUAUUGGCUAACAACCCGAACCCAGCUAAAUUAUGUUUUAGACUGAAAAACAUACACAGAUUGGACAAUGUCCUACCUAAUAAACAAUUGAUUAGUAUUAACGCGAUGAUGUCGACGCGCGAUAACACGGUAGUCGAGUUCAACAUGCCUGCUCUAACAUCUCUCCUCAAACGGCAGUCGGAAAAGAAUCCGACAGCGCAGUACUUCAAUGUGGACAUACUGAAAUACCAAAUACGGCCGAAAACAGGUGCUGCGUCAUGUCCCCUCCAAAUGGUAUCUUAUUGGAAAUGUGAGCAGGAUCAUACUGACUUGAAGGUGGACUACAAAUACAAUCUGCACGCUAUGAGUCCGCCGUCUCCACUGCUGAACGUGUCUGUGUGCGUGCCUAUGAACGGGGCCGUCAAGAACGUGAUCGCGAUGCCCAAGACGGCGUGGAGCGGCGAGAGCGAGCAGGCGAUGUGGCGCUUCACGGAGCUGUCGCAGCACUCGGAGGACCGGGGCGUGGGCUCGCUGAAGGCGCGCUUCGAGCUCGCUAAGGGCCCUUCGAGCAAAGCCACGAUUUCGGCGCAGUUCAACUGCGAGGGCGCGACCCUCUCCGGCAUUGAGUUCGAGUUAAUAGGCAGCGGCUACCGGCUGUCGCUCGUCAAGCGCCGCUUCGUCUCCGGCAAAUACAUUUGUGAUAGUGAUUUGAACUGAUUGGUCCAAAACACUUAUGAAUACACAUGUUUGUAUAUAGAUCUUGUUGUCGUAUAUUCAGUGUGUAUGGGAUGCGUAGGUUUCUUACUACAUUUUAUGUGUAUGUUUUGGUACCUUAUAGGACUGUUUCCUGUCCACAAAAAAAAUAAUUUACAAUAAUGUAUCACAACAUUGUUUGUCAAUUUUCGAGUUAAAUUGUUAGUUGUUAAUUUGAAAAUUGUAUUACUUAUUGAUUAGGGAUAUGUUUCACAUGUACUAACUUAUUUUUCAGAAUAGUUAAUGUGCCAUUUUAUACUGUAUUUUGUAAAUGUACACGAGUACUUGACUGUUGCACUAGUACACACAAUGGACACAUACCUUUGUUCACGUUACUGUAAGCGGGUACUCAGCCUAUAUUUUAUAAAAGAUGCAUCACAUUUUAUAUUGAUUGGAAAUACGAUCUUUUUUCAUAAAACUCUUUGAAGCAGCACAAAUAUUAUAAAAUUGAUAAACUGUGAAUCCCCAUAGGUAGGCUGCUUAAAGUAUCACAUCAUUGUGACAAAAAAUAUAACAAUUUUAUUGUUUUUGGUUUUCACUGCUGAGCAGAUUUAAUGAGUAUUUAAACCUUUGAUUUGGUAGUUGUAUAACCCCAUGAUAUAAAAGCUUUAAAGCAAUACUAUAUCAUAUGACUUGGAUGUGUUGUAUUUGAAAUUAUUAUCACUUAAAUUAAUGUUUUUAACAAUUAUUCUGAGGUCAAUAAAUGAUAAUUUCUCUUUAGAGUUAACAAACAAAUGUGUAUUUAAACAAAAACUUUAAAUACCUUUUUUGUUUGUACAAUUGUUUUAGAUAUUGCCUGUUUUAUUUUUGUAGAGGCCUAAGUAUUGCAACAAUUGAGAACUUUGGAAGGCCACAAUCACUGCUAUGAAUAAUUAUUAUAAUUAAUUGUUUCAUUUAUGUGAGGUUUGACACUAAUGACCAUAUAAAUCAUACCGCUUAUCAUAUUUAAUUCACCUUGCAUUCACUUAAAAAUUAGGUCAAAAAAGUUUUUUCUUAUAACUUUUACUGUGAACACCCUAUAGGGUUUCAUGACCCUAAUAUGGCCACUAAUAGCCCAGUCAGCUUAUGUUAAUGUUUUCAUAUUAUAAAACUUAAAAACAAAAAUUCAAAUUACUUAAUCCUGACUAAGCAGGGACUACUUAAAUUCUAUUCUAUUAUGAAACCUGACUAUAUUUUCUUAACUUGUACACUCGUACGCACUAAAAUAAUCAACAUGUUGUCAAAUGUCACAUAAACGGAACUAAUUUUCAUGAGUAAAUGUAACGUUUUCUAAUGAAUAUUAUUACAUUAUUGUUGCAAGUAAGAUUCAUUGAAUCUCGGAGUAGCAUACUGUAUUGUCAUUGUUUUAUCAUUUCAACGCGAAAUUCAAUUUAUGUUGAUGUUGUGUUUUAGUCAGCAUUUAGACAACCACCGGAGAUGUUUUUUUUGUUGUUAUGAAAAUUGUUUUAUUAUUUUUUUCUUUGAGAGUAAUCAUUUAAUUUUAACUCAUUUACUAUGUAAUCUCAUAUUGUAAUUUUAUAUAAUAUCCUUUAUCCCAGCGGCCUAAUAUGAGUUACGAAAAUAGCUAAGCGACUAACUUUACCAAAAGUUAAGUGUUCAUAAAAUACUUUUAUUUAAAUAUAAAUAAAGGUCAAACCAUAUAAUAGUACCUACAACUGAACCAUUCCAUUAAUAUAUUAUGUCUCAUAAUUAAGUAUUAUUUUAUGAUUAUGUAUCACAAACUAUUAUUCUUUACACAUUAUAAAGGUGCGUAGCUAUUCGGCUGAGUUUAUUUAAAAAAAAAAACGUAUUAAAAAUCUCUUUCUUUUUAUAAAAAUUAGAUAACAAAUUUUGCUAAAUGCGUAAUAAAAUAUUUUUGUAACGUAAAAUUUAUCGCAUGUAUGAUUCUAAUUAUAAUGUAACUAUGUUAAUUUUAAAUAAAAUGUAAUUUAGCAUUUAA